AUGAACCUCGCCACACCCUCCAAUCCCAACACGAAUCGAAACCCACCAUCACCAAAAGGCCAAUCAGAAUGCAGCAAUUGCGGCAAGGCAAGCCAAUCAGGCGGGUCCCACACCGACACCCACAACCACAAGUGGGCCCAGUUCCAUUUCCACCACGUCAGGCUCCGAGGCGUCGACCGUCUCCUCUGCACCUCCUGCGUCCUCCGCCUCCACCCUUCUUCCUUCUGCCCUCUCUGCUUUGACCAAUUUACCCCUCCCAACCCCCCAAUUCACAACCAUACCCCUUGCUCCAAAUGCUCCUCUCUCACCCACUCCCACUGCCUCCCCACCACCACCACCACCACCAACAACCCUUCUUCUUCUUACCUUUGUCCUCCUUGCUCUGACCCCAAUUUCUCCUUCUUCCAAUUCCAACCCCACACCGCCACCCGCCUCGACACCCGCUCCGCCUCCGUCCUCCUCUGCGCCGCCCGCAUUGCCUCCGCCUCGAUGACCAAGGCUGCUGCCGUGGCGCGCGCCGAGGCCGAGAGGAAGGUCCGCGAGGCUGCAGCUGCCAAGAAGCGCGCACGCGACGCCAUGGAGCAUCUAGCCAUGGUGGAGGCUAAAGCAGGCCGGAAGGACUACUGCAUUGAAAACAAGAAUAAAGAUGGGGUUUUGAGUAAUGGGAAUUUGAAGUCUUUGGAAAGCGUGGUUCCCAAGAAUAAUAACAAUAACAAUAGUUGUAGUAAUGGGGUUGGUGGGGUUUUCGAGGAGAGAAAAUUGGAGGUUGAGUGUAGGGCAAGUAAUGCGAAUGGGAUGCAGAGCGAAAAUGGGAAGGAAAAUGAGAGCUAG